AUGCCCGAAAUUCUCAGCCCCCUCGGCGAUGGUGACCGCCGGAAGGCUAACGAAUAUAGCCGCAAAGCGCACGAGCAGUGGCGUCGACGCCAGAGGGAAUCCGAGCGGGAUCGCCAGAGGAAAUCUGAGCAAGAUCGCCGCCACUCUCGUCCCUCACCCGGACCCGAUCGACGUGAACCAAGGGAUCGCGUGCCGCCGCGGUCACGGUCCCGACCUCGCCCGUACCCCGAUUCGAAACCAACUGAGGAGCCCCGGCCCUCAUCCUCUCGGCAAUCCCAGGAUACAAACCCUGGUCUCAAACGUUGGGCUACCGACCUCAUAUUCACGCUCAUGGACUGGACUUGCUCUAGCAUUCAUCUCGCCUAUAAGAUCCUCCUCCUAACACGGGCGCUCCUCCCCAUGGGCCUUUUGAAGUUAUUAAUCGUAUUGGGACUUGUUCUUUGCGAAUGGGCUAUGUCUACGCCCUUUAUCCUAGAGUCUGCCAGGCAGUUCGCAUGUUCCCCCGCCCCCGCUGAAAGUCCAAGCGACCAGGCUCAGUUCAUAGCGGACAGCCUUGACGGUUGUGGCCCUGUUGUUCCCGACAUUCUUACCUACAUGACCAACGUUGGUGAGGACGUCGAAGACAAGGCCAACGAGAUAAAGGACCUUUUGGAGGUAUCAGACAUCGACUUGUCAUCCGCUCAAUGGAAGUCAGACUACAAUAGAGCAACGGAGCUGUUGCGAACUGAGGAGUCCACGGUUAGGGCCCAGCAACAACAGCUCUGGAUGGAGAUAGACCGGUAUCUUCGUCAGUUUACCCACUCUGCCAAACAAGCAGACACGUCAUUUUGGUCCUCCAUCACAGGGGGCAACACUUCGGGGCAGCUCAAAAUAAACCCAAUCUUUCCGUAG